AUGGGCAAAAGCAGCUCCAAAACCCACUCCAGCACCAAAGUGCUCCCGCUCAUCCCGCUCGCGCCACCGCUCGCCGUGCUCCCCGGCACCACGCUCAAGAUCCCCAUCACCAACCGCUCCGACGUCGCCGCCAUCCUCGCCAAAAUCUACAGCAUCAGCCCGACCGCCAAGCCCGAUGCCUCCAUCACCGUCGCGUGCGUGCCGCUCAACUCAAACACAAUCAGCCCCAAGGACGGCCGGCUGCUGAUUGAAGAUGGCGCCAGCAUGGGCAAGACGGUGUACGAGAGCGACCCCAUGCAGGCGGGCAAGAAGGACGUCUUUGGCUACGCCUGCGUGGCCAAGGUCAGCGGCGUGCAGGGCCGGCGACAGGGCGACCUGAGUCUUGUCGUCGAGGGCCUCGAGCGAGUCCAGGUCGUCGACGUCGUGCAGGAGCGGCCGUAUUUCGAAGGCGAGCUGGCAAUGGUCGAUGAACACGUCGACAUUGCGAGCACGGAGCUGCUGGAGCAGUUCAACCUCCUCAAGCAGCUGUCGCGAGAACUCCUGGCGCUGGUCCGGUUGUCGGCCAUUCUGCCGCGCACGCCGACGGUCACGCUCUCGCCGAUUGUCGCGAGACGCCUGGAGUUGUACAUCACGCGCAAGGACUUGUCAGAGGCCGGGUCGCUGGCGGACUUCAUGGCCAAUGUGGUGGAUUGCACGCACGAGGAGAAGCUGCGCGUGCUGGCGGCGGUGGAUGCGAAGGAUCGGGUCGAGAGGGUCAUUGAGAUCUUGCAGCGCCAGAUUAGCAGCAUUCAGGGCAGCACGAGGAUCACGGUUACGACGACGCAGGUGCCGAGUGGAAGCUUUGAUAUCGAUCAGCUGCGGAGACUACAACAGGCCGCGCUGGUACGGCAGGGCAAGGCGGGGAACAGUGGUCUGCCGGGUGGCUUUCCGGCGGGCUUCCCGGGUGGAGGACAGCAGCAGGGCGGCGAGGAGGAAGCGAAUGAGAUUGACGAGCUAAAGAAGCGGUUGGAGGAUGCGAAGCUGUCGCCUGAUGCAGAGAAGGUUGCGCAACGAGAAUUGGGCCGUCUGCAGAAGAUGAACCCAGCACAGGCAGAGUACCAGGUCUGCAGAAACUACCUCGAGAAUCUGGCGGAGAUCCCCUGGACCAAGAUGACGGUCGACCAACUCGACGCCGGCACGCUGGUCAAGGCGAAGAAGCAGCUCGACGACGACCACUACGGGCUGGAGAAGAUCAAGAAGAGGCUGUUGGAGUACUUGGCGGUGUUGAAGCUCAAGGAGCAGGCGAACAGGAGCAUUGACGACCAGAUCCGCGCGCUGACUGAAACAUCGGACGCAGAGGAAGAGGCCAAGGAGCAGCAGGAGGAGGAGAAGGUUUCGAAAGAGCCCUCAGAAGAGGAGCUACGGCUGCUGGAGAAGAAGCGCAUGGUGGACAAGUCGCCCAUCCUGCUACUUGCUGGUCCUCCAGGAACCGGAAAGACGUCCCUCGCCAAGUCAGUUGCUACAGCGCUUGGCCGCAAGUUCCACCGUAUCUCUCUUGGUGGUGUUCGUGAUGAAGCUGAGAUCCGUGGUCACCGCCGUACAUAUGUGGCCGCCAUGCCCGGUCUCAUCGUCAACGGCUUGAAGAAGGUCGGCGUCUCGAACCCGGUCUUCCUCCUGGACGAGAUUGACAAGCUGGGCACGUCCAACUACAACGGCGACCCCUCUGCGGCCAUGCUUGAAGUCCUCGACCCAGAGCAGAACCACACCUUCACAGAUCACUACGUCAACAUCCCCAUCGACCUGUCCAAGGUCCUCUUCAUCGCCACCGCCAACAGCCUCGAGACGAUCCCCGCUCCCCUCCUCGACCGCAUGGAAACCAUCAAUCUCUCCGGCUACACCACGCUCGAGAAGCGCCACAUCGCAUCGCGCCACUUAAUCCCCAAGCAAAUCACCACCAACGGCAUGAGUCCAAACAACCUAGAGAUUCCAACCGACGUUCUCGACAAGAUCAUCACCGCCUACACGCGUGAGUCAGGUGUGAGAAAUCUCGAGCGCGAGAUCGGCUCCGUGUGCCGCUCCAAAGCCGUCGAAUAUGCCACAUGCAAAGACACAAACACCCUGGCCGCAUACACCCCCACCGUCACCCUCGAAGACCUCGAUUCCACGCUCGGCAUCGAGAAGUUUGCAGAGGAAUUGACCGAAGCCUCGUCCCGCCCCGGCGUCAUAACCGGCCUCGUCGCCUACUCCUCCGGCGGCCAAGGCAGCAUCCUUUUCAUCGAAAUCGCCGACAUGCCCGGCUCCGGGCGCGUGCAACUGACCGGCAAACUGGGCGACGUGCUCAAAGAAAGCGUCGAAGUAGCCCUCACAUGGGUCAAAGCGCACGCCUUUGAACUCGGCCUCAGCACGAAUCGAACAGAGGAUAUCAUGAAAUCCCGCAGUAUCCACGUGCACUGCCCCUCGGGCGCCAUCCCCAAGGACGGCCCCUCCGCCGGCCUCGCACACACCAUCGGCCUCAUCAGCUUAUUCUCAAACUCCCCCGUCCCACCUACCCUCGCCAUGACGGGCGAAGUCAGUCUGCGCGGCCGCGUCCUGCCCGUCGGCGGCAUCAAGGAGAAACUCAUCGGCGCGAUGCGCGCGGGCGUGGAAAGAGUACUCCUGCCCGAGGGCAAUCGCAAGGACGCGAGGGAUUUACCCGAGGAAGUCAAGUUGGGGCUCAAGAUUGAGUUUGUCGGGCAUAUUUGGGAGGCCUUGGGGUUGGUGUGGCCCGAGAGGUGGGAGGGGAGGGUGGGCAUGGGGGAGAGUCGGUUGUAA